GCCGGGAUUUUACGAAGAGAUACGGAGGAGGCGAAUUGGUGAUAGCUAUGUCUUUCUCUUCUGAGUUUUCUCCUGCAGCGAUAGCAGCGAGAGAUUCUGUACAAAGUCCUCCGGAAGGAUAUUAUGGCAAAUACUCACCUACCUUCCCAAACCCUGUUUAUUGUUUCGUGGAAAUGUUUUAUGCUUAUAAAGAUACCUUCUAUCAAAAUUUAGUUCCACACAAUGGGAUCAAUCAAUGGCUGAAAGACACUUGGGAAUGGCAUUACAUUUGUAGCUACAUUACCUUAAAAGAUAUCUUUUAUAUCAUUUUGACUGCAAUUUUAUUUACUAUUCUAAGAUUCAUCGUCUACAAAGUACUUUUAGAGCGGAUACCUCUUUGGUUUAAAUUGGCCCCAGAGGCCGUGGAGAAGUUUCCCGAGGCUGCCUUUAGAACUGGAGUGUAUGCGCCUUUAUGGCUCCUCUCCUUUUAUUCCAUAGCCCAAAGGAACCUUUUCUAUUAUCCCUUCACAGUCUGGGAAGAUUGGAUAGCUGGAGCUUUUGUCCCAUUUGAUAUAUACGUUGGCUAUAUAAUACAAAUGGGUUUCUACAUUCACAUGAUGUACGCCACUACAUACAUUGAGACUGUUAGGAAGGACUAUGCUGUACAGAUGCUACACCAUGGUCUUACAUUGUGCCUCCUUGGUUACUCAUUAUGCAUGAGGUUUCAUUACAUUGGUCUUCUAGUUCUUUUUAUUCAUGAUUUUGCUGACGUCUUCCUUGAAGUGGCGAAGGCCAUCCUUUACUUCAAAGACAGGGGUGGGAAGUCUUACAAGCUACCAGAACACAUAGCGAAUGUUCUCUUUGCAGUAUUCGUAUUGCAAUGGAUACUCUUUCGCUUGUACUGGUAUCCCGUGAAGUUGCUAUAUGCUACCGGAUUCGUUAGUCAAAAGUUUUAUCCCGAGGCUCCGUUUUAUUCCCUUUUUAACAUAAUGCUCCUGGUCCUAUACGGGCUACACAUCUACUGGUUUUUUUUUAUAAUACGUCUUGUUGUCAAAGUGAUAACUGGGAAUGAGUUAUCCGAUACACGUGACCUUGAGGAAGAAAAGAAAAAUGAUUAAUAUCAAGAGAAAUGAAGCAGUAAUACAAGAAAUAUUUGCUAGUAUUAUCAUUAAACUUGAACUAAUAAUAAUUAUUAAAAAUUAUAAUUAUAAUGCAUUAGGUUUAUUUUAGUGUGGAAAUUUUUUAUCAUUA